UCCUCUGUUCCUUGGGAAGUUUGCCGAUUUUUCUUCUUUUUUCUGUCCCUUUUUCGAUAGCUUAUUCAUUGGUUUUCGCUUGGAUUAAUGGAAUUCCAUAGCUUAAAACUGUUCAUUCAACAAUGCAAAAUUUCUAGGGUUUAUAUGCCCAACCUUAGAAAUGGACCUUUCUCUGCAAAAUCUAGCUCCUUUUCUUCUUUAACUGUGCGAGAAAAGCCAUUAUUUUCUGAUGAGUUAUUGCGAGUUAAAAAAAUUCAGGAAUUCGCAUGUAUUUUACAGUCGUUGAUCUCGCUAAAAUCUCCAUCUCGAGCUAAACUAAUCCACUCUCAGAUCAUAGUCUCGGGUCUUCAAUUGGACCCAUUUCUGACCAAUAAUUUACUGAACUUCUAUUCAAAAUCAGGCUGUUUUUACCUUGCCCAAAGUGUAUUUGAUAACAUGCCUCAAAGAAAUAUCAUCACGUGGUCAGCUUUAAUUUCUGGUUACAGUCAGCAUGGCCAUGGGCAUCGAGCCCUGCUGCUCUUCUCCCAGUUUCACAGGUUCUCUGAAACGCCACCAAAUCAGUACAUAAUAGCCAGUGUUUUGAGGGCUUGUGCUAAUCUGAGAGCUCUAAAUCAGGCAUCUCAGGUCCACAAUCUUGUUGUUAAAUUGGGUUUAGGGAACGAUGUCUUUGUGGGUACGUCACUCAUUGAUUCUUAUUCAAAAAGUGGGUAUUUAGAAUUUGCAAAUUUGGUUUUCAAUGAAUUACCGGUUAGAAAUGAAGUUACAUGGACUACGAUAAUCACUGCAUAUUCCCAGUCAGGAAAAAGUGAGAUUUCUUUGGAACUUUUCCAUGAGAUGAGGCAAACCAAUGUCCGGGCUGAUCGAUAUGUGAUUUCUAGUGUGCUAAGUGCCUGUUCAGCAAUGGAAUAUAUUGAAGGUGGUAAGCAAAUCCAUUCUUACAUAGUUCGCAACGAACCCCAAGUCGAUGUUUCAGUUAAUAAUGUGUUAAUGGACAUGUACUCAAAGUGUGGAGAGUUGGGUUAUGCGCGGCGUGUUUUUUAUCUGAUGAGUGUUAGGAAUGUUGUUUCAUGGACCACCAUGAUUGCCGGGUUAAUGCAAAAUUUUUGCAAUAGUGAGGCUCUGCAUAUGUUCAUGGAGAUGCAUGCGCAAGGGUGGGAACCUGAUGGGUAUACCUGCACGAGUGCGCUAAGCUCUUGUGGUGCUCUAAUGGGUUUGGAACAAGGAAAACAAGUGCAUUCUUAUGCUGUAAAAACCAAUCUUGAAAGUGAUGAGUUUGUUAAGAAUGGUCUGGUAGAUAUGUACUGUAAAUGUGAUUCUUUACUUGAUGCAAGGCGUGUUUUUGAUGUUAUGGUUAUGCGUAAUGUUGUUUCAUAUAAUGCUAUGAUUGAAGGUUACGCGGCGCAUGGUGAUCUUUGGGGGGCAGUUAUUUUAUUUGAACAGAUGAGGUCUCACUAUGUGUCACCAAGCUUAUUGACAUUUGUGAGCCUCCUUGGGGUAUCAGCAACCUUUUCAGCCGAGCACUUGAGCAAACAGAUUCAUGCCCAUAUGAUAAAACUGGGUAUUUCAUUGGAUCUUUAUGCAGGUAGUGCUCUGGUUGAUGUUUACUCAAAAUGUUUUGGUGUAGAUGAUGCUAGGCUUGUGUUUGAGGAGAUGGAGGAAAGAGAUAUUGUCGUGUGGAAUGCUAUGGUUUCAGGGUAUGCACAAAAUGGGCAAGGGGAGGACGCCUUCAAGCUUUAUCAAAAAAUGCAGCUAAAGGAAAUGAAACCCAAUGAUUUCACUUUUGUUGGAUUGAUCACAUCAGCCAGUAACCUUGCUGCCCUGUUCCAUGGCCAACAGCUGCAUAACCAGACCAUAAAAAUGGGUAUCGAGUCUGAUCCAUUUGUUGGAAAUGCACUCGUGGACAUGUAUGCAAAGUGCGGGAAUAUUGGAGAAGCUUGGAGGCUUUUUGAGAGUAUGCCAACUAGAGAUAUCGUGUGUUGGAACUCUAUGAUCUCAAGAUAUGCACAGCAUGGCCACGCCAAAGAGGCUGUUAAUCUUUUUGAGCAAUUAAUCAAAGUAGAAGUAGAACCCAACUCCUUUAUUGCACAAGAGAAAGAAAUAAAGCCCAAUUAUGUCACAUUUGUUGGGGUUCUAUCGGCUUGCAGCCACGUGGGGCUGGUUGAUAAAGGGUUCCAGUACUUUAAUUUAAUGAAAACAGUUUUUAACAUUAAAGCAGGGGUUGAACAUUAUGCUUGUAUGAUUGACCUUCUUGGCCGGGCAGGAAAACUAAGUGAGGCUAAAGAGUUUAUAGAAACGAUGCCUAUUGAACCAACAUCAAUGGUGUGGAGAAGUCUGCUCAGUGCAUGUAGAACCUUUGGGGAUAUCAAUAUAGGAAAGUAUGCAGCCGAUAGGGCCAUCUCAAUCGAUCCAAAGGAUAGUGGGUCAUACGUGUUAUUGUCCAACAUUUAUGCUUCAAAGGGAAUGUGGGUUGAUGUGGCAAAUGUGAGGAAGGGAAUGAGUUGCAAUGGCGUUGUGAAGGAGCCUGGACACAGUUGGAUUGAAGUAAAAAAGAAGGUCCAUGUGUUUGUUGUGCGAGAUAGAUCACGCAGUGAGAGUGAUGAGAUCGAUUCCAUGUUAUUGAGAUUGACCCAACAAAUGAAAGGACUGGGAUAUGUUCCUGAUACUACAUUUGUGCUUCAUGAUUAACAGAUUAUACCAUGAAUAUGUGCUCCAUAGUAUUAUAAACAAGAGAAAGCAAAGCAAAAAAAAGAAGAAGCAAUUGGGAUGCUUAAAAUGAAAUUCAGUGAAAGGACCAUGUGGGUGCUGCAUGAGUUGCACACAAUUAUAUGAUGAUCAAUUUCAUCUUUUAACAUAUGAGAGGAGUGUGGGAUAUUCCUGAUAUUACAGUGAAUAUCAAAUGAGUAAGAGAUGGUGACACUGUUAUGGGUGUUUUGAUGUAGUGAAUCUUCCUAAAGCUAUUGAAGAUUGAAAAAAUGCAGCUCCAAACAAAAAAAAAAGAUUGAAAAGACGGCAUA